ACCAGCUCAGUGUAAGCUGUCAAGAGAAGUGUCGCAAGGAGCAUCCUAAGCACAAAGUCUAGACAUGGGAAAGACCGCUUACCAUUUCAUCUCACCAAUAUGCACCCAAUUGGAAUCACUCGCCGACGGUCACCAGCUACAGUGUAUCCCUCUUUAUGAUCCCACAGCUUCUCCACCCCAAACCAGCAUAGUUGGUACCCUUCUUACUCUAGCAAAAAAGCUGAGAGAGAGAGAGAGAGUAAUGUCUUCCUCUGAGUCUGAGAGCAGUCAGCAAGGGAGGCAUCAGGAGGUCGGGCACAAGAGCCUUCUUCAGAGCGACGCCCUCUAUCAGUACAUGCUGGAGACCACCGUUUACCCUCGCGAGCCCGAAUACAUGAAAGAACUCCGCGAGAUCACCGCCAAGCACCCUUGGAAUAUUAUGACAACCUCGGCUGACGAAGGGCAGUUCUUGAACAUGCUGCUCAAGCUCAUUAACGCCAAGAACACCAUGGAGAUCGGCGUGUACACCGGCUAUUCCCUCCUCGCCACCGCCCUCGCCCUCCCCGACGAUGGCAAGAUACUGGCCAUGGACAUCAACCGGGAGAACUACGAGCUUGGUCUUCCGGUGAUCGAGAAGGCCGGCGUCGCCCACAAGAUCGACUUCCGCGAAGGCCCGGCCCUCCCUGUUCUCGAUCUACUGCUUGAAGAUGUGAGAAUAGAAUGCAUCUUCCAACCAUUACUUCUUGUCUCUGCUGAUAAAUGCUGUCGAUGUGGUUGGUCGCAGGAGAAGAAGCAGGGGAGCUUCGACUUCGUGUUCGUGGACGCCGACAAGGACAACUACCUCAAUUACCACAAGCGGCUGCUGGAGCUGGUGAAGGUGGGCGGCGUGAUCGCGUACGACAACACGCUCUGGAACGGGUCCGUGGUGGCGCCGCCGGACGCGCCGCUGCGCAAGUACGUCCGCUACUACCGCGACUUCGUGCUGCACCUCAACAGGGCUCUCGCCGCCGACCCCCGCAUCGAGAUCUGCCAACUCCCUGUCGGCGACGGCGUCACCCUCUGCCGGAGGAUCAAAUGAUCACGGCAAUCUAUGUACAUCUCCCAUCUCUCCCCAUUAAUUUGUUCUAAUUAAUGUCAUCAUCAUCAUCAUCAAAUGUCAACCACAUGACAUUUUUCCUGCUACAAUCGUAGCUGAGAGAGAAGAACUAUGCCAUGUAAAUUAAACUUCAGCAAUAUGAGUUUGACUGUUCGACUUUUUCU